AUGUCAGCAAUGUCAUCAGCAAUGUCAUUAUGUUCUGAGAAGUUAACACUUUGGAUUCUUGUCAAAGGCAAAUGGCUUGAUGGAAGUUGUAGUUUUGAUCCUGUCAACUAUUCUGUACAUCUUGAGGAAUUUGUUUUAUUGGUAUGUGAAGCUAAAGAAGAUUUGAAAAAG